AUGUUAAAUUACAACAGGACCAAUCUUCACCCUACCAUCUUCCUACUCCUUGGCAUUCCAGGAUUGGAGGCUGUCCACAUAUGGAUUUCUAUCCCUUUUUGUCUAGUCUACCUAGUGUCACUAAUGGGAAAUGUUGCCCUUCUAUUAAUUGUCAAGACAGACCAUAAACUGCAUGAACCUAUGUACCUCUUUCUAUGCAUGCUUUCUGUGGCUGAUUUGAUUCUUACUUCGACUACACUUCCCAAGAUACUUAGCCUCUUCUGGUUCAAUUACAGAGAGAUCUACUUUGAAGCCUGCCUCACUCAAAUGUUUCUUAUUCAUUCUCUGUCUACUAUGGAAUCUGGAUUUAUCUUGGCCAUGGCUUUUGACCGCUACAUAGCCAUCUGCCAUCCACUAAGACAUUCCACUGUCCUGACACCUGGAGUAAUUGCAGCCUUUGGUUUGGGCAUCGUCUUUAGAGGAGCUGUACUCCUCAGUCCACAUCCCUUUCUACUGAGGUGGCUUUCCUACUGCAGAACUAAUGUCAUCUCCCAUACCUACUGUGAGUUUAUGGCCCUGAUAAAGCUGGUUUGCACUGAAACCAAGAUUCGUAGAGCCUACAGCCUAAUUGUGGCAUUCUUGACAGGGGGAUUGGACUUCAUAUUGAUCAUCUGUUCUUAUGUCCUUAUACUUUUCACUGUCUUUAAUCUGCCUUCAAAAGCUGCACGCCUCAAGACCUUAAGUACAUGUGUCUCCCAUGUAUGGGUCAUCUUAGUGUUUUAUACACCAGCCUUUUUCUCUUUUCUCGCUCAUAGGUUUGGCCACCACAUUGCUCCACAUAUUCAUAUUUUUAUAGCCAAUGUAUAUCUUCUUAUUCCUCCUAUGAUGAACCCUAUUAUUUAUGGUGUAAAAACCAAGAGAAUCAGGGAGGGACUCUUUAAGUUCUUAAUAAUCAAAUGUGUUUGA